AUGACCCUGAUGGACGCCACGGCCGACAAGGAUCCUGUCGUCCAGGAGCAGAUCUUCAGUGCCCUCUGCUCUUUGGGCAGGGCUGAGCCCGAGGAGGUCCUGAACGCUUGCGAGGAGUACCUGCGGCAGCACGAGAAGCUGGCCCACCCAUACCGUGUCAUCCUCCUGAGGGCCAUGGAAGCCGUGGUGAAGAGCAGCCUGGCUCAGCUGGACAAAAGCACGGCCAAGAUCGUCAUCUUCCUGGCGUCCAGCGAGAUGACCAAGUCUAAAGAGGUUCUUCUGGAGUGGCAGCAGGCUGCCAGCAACAUCCUGGUCGCAGUGGGGAGGUGUUUCAUCAACCAGGUGAUGGAGGAGGUGCUGACCAAGUUCCAGCCGGGGGUCCUGCCUCACCCCUUCGUCGUACUGACCUUCGCCAACCUCUCGGUGGCCAAUGUAUUUGGGAUGGUCCCCUUCCUCAACUCCAUCCUGGGGACGAUGCUGCCUCUGCUGCCCCUGGCCAAGCAGGACAACACGAAGUCCGUCUUCUGCUACGCCUUGCAGUACUUCAGCGAGAGCAUCCUGGAGUACCUGGCCAACCUGGACAAGGCGCCGGACCCAACUGUGAGGCGAGACACCUUCUCCAGUGAAAUCUUCAGCGCCUACGAAGCCCUCUUCAGCUGCUGGCUGCCCAGCCGGGAGACCAAGGUGCGGCUGGCCGUGGUGGAGGCCCUGGGGCCCAUGAGCCACCUGAUGCCCAGCGAGAAGCUGGAGGAGCUGCUCCCUCGCCUGAUCCCCGGCAUCCUGGCCCUCUACAGGAAGCCGGCGGAGGCCUACUACGUCUCCAAGAGCCUGUGCCAGAUUCUGGAAGCCUCGGUCAAUAUCGGGAGCCGGACGCUGGACACGCAGCUGGAUCUCCUCCUCGGGACUCUCCACCUCCAGCUCUGCGCCCCUCUGGACUCUUCCCUGCCCUUCUCUCUGAAGAACCACAACGAGCUCCUUCGCUGCUUCACCGUCUUAGCCGCUUCCUUCCCUGACCGCUUGCUGGGAUUUCUGCUUCCCAAGCUGGAGUCCAGCAACGAGAAGACGCGGGUGGGGACGCUGACCGUCCUGCGGCAGAUCAUCAACAGCGCCCCCGCUCAGAUGGAGAUCAAGAAGCCGUUUCUCCUGUCCUCCAUGAAGCUCCCCCUGCAGGACCACAGCAACAAGGCUGCCUCCCUGCACUGCGAAGGCCACCUGGCUCUUCCGCCUCUCCAGGUGGCCGAUGCUCUGUUGCAGGUGAAGGCCUUGCAGUCUGGUGGCUUCCCUGUUCCCUCCCUGUUGGACGUCUGCCUGUGCAGGCUCCCUGAAGGAUUGCUGACUGCCUCGCCUGGCCCAGGAGCUCUGCCCCUCUAG